CGCUUCUUUUCUGCCAUCGCCGCCUGCAAUUCGAAUCCCCGCCGCCCAAUGGCUUGACUGCGUUGUCCUGUAUUCUAUUCUUUUCCUCGGCGCGAUCUGCGUCACGUUCUUCAUUUACAAGGAUCCCGCUGCAUCACACAUCACUCCGACAUCAGCUGCAACCAUGAGCGCACCUCGAGUUGGACGAGCCGCGCUGAAAACGGCCAGGAUGCCUGCUCAGGGCCCGGCUUCCAAGCAGGCGCCCAGAUUCCCGACCGCAGAUGGCACAGGGCCCAAAACCCUCCCCAAGCGCGCCAACCCCCACCUCACAAACCUCCCCUCCGCCUCUUCGACAUCCAACACCCCUCCCAUGUCCCCCAAAGUUAUGACCAUUUUGGGCGUCAGUGCCCUCACCCUAAGUACUUACAUCGGCUACCUCUACGCCUCCUACCGCCGCGAAGUCACCCAAUCCCAAACCCUCUCCGUGCCUCACGAUGUCUCCGACCGCUAUAACCACACCGCGCGCACCUUCGACGCCGACGUCGAAAUGUCCGAGAAGCUCAUGCGCAUGGGCUCGAAGCGCGCCGAGCUGAUCAAUCACGCGCGCGGCGACGUUCUAGAAGUCAGCUGCGGCACCGGGCGCAAUCUCGAGUACUAUGAGCUGGGACAGCGACGGGGACAGGACCGCCAGGGGCGCGCGGACAUCCGAGGGUGUCGGUCAGUGACGUUUGUGGAUUUGAGUCCGGAGAUGGUGGAGAUUACAAAGGCGAAGUUUGCGAAGCUGUUUCCGGAGCACAAGGUGCCGGUGGAUUUUCGGGUGCAAAACGCGGGGGAUGUCCCCAGGCGUACUAUUGAUCCUUUACGGAAGGAUGAUGAGGGAUACUAUGAUACGGUUGUGCAGACGAUGGGGUUGUGCUCGAUGCCGGAUCCGGCCGGUACGUUGCGCCAUCUGGGAACGAUCGUGGAGCCGCGUCGGGGAGAGAUCUUGUUGCUGGAACAUGGCCGGUCGCAUUAUGAUUGGCUGAAUCGCGUGUUGGAUAAUUUGGCCCCGGCGCAUGCGGACAGACAUGGCUGUUGGUGGAAUCGGGAUAUUGGGCAGAUUGUGCGCGAUAGCGGGCUGGAGGUGGUCGAGGAGAAACGGUGGCAUUUCGGGACAACCUGGAAGUACGUUCUCCGGCCGAAAACUGAGGGUGGGAAGUGAGGAAGAUGUUGUAUAUUAUUUUGACAGAUUGGAUGACUGGAUGUACUAUAUAUAUUGCAUAGCGGGUGUUUAGAUAGUUGCCAAAUAGCAUUGGAUGGGAAGCGAUCUAUAGAUCGUUUUAAG